AUGGUACUUAUCUUAAUAGAGCUAUAAAUAGAAACCAAAUGUAAAUCAUCCAGAAAAUAAGUAAAGCUACAGCACAAAAAGAAUCUUUAAGAAGAGAUCUUUCCUGAAUCAUUUAAUGGAAACUGCUUUGCAUGCGUGACCAAUAAUUACACGUUUUGCAGUCCAUCAAGUGUUUGUUAAAUAAACUCUACUUGCGAUGUAAAUACAACUGAAGUUUUCACCUCAAAAUCAGGUUGUCCAGUCAAUAAUAGUUGCUCAGAUUUCGGUUUAAAUGGAGUAGGUUAUAUUGGGGAACCUAGUUUAAUGGGAGGAUUUUAAGUAAACGAUUCAAUGGUAAUUUAAGCACCUCCUAAUUAUCCUUGUGCUAUUGCUCUUUUUAACAGCAAAAAAGAAGAUCUUGAUGUAACAAUAACUGGAUUUGGGGUAAAGUCAUAUGCAACUAAGAUUUCACUGCCGUUUAAAAAGACUUCUUAUGGAUAGUUUAACGAUGAUUUUAGAAUACUUCCUUCUGAUGAUGUUGUUAUGUUUUAUGUUGGAUCAGUGACUGGGUAGAGUUCAUUUGGAGGAAUCAUAUGGACAAAGCAUUUUAAUGAAAAUUCAGGCGUUGAUAUAAAUCCUACAGUUCCAAAUAAACCUACAGGUUCAAGAUCAAUUUAUCUUAAAUUUCUCACAAGCUUCACAUUACUAAUAACAUUAUUCACUGCUUUAAAUCUUUGA